GUCACUAACGCCGUCAACUUCUUUGACGGUUUGUUGACUAGGCGCCAACUCAGCGCACACGUCAACGCCAAAUAAGCCAAAAGUGACACGUCACAAUUAAAAUUUAUUUAAUAAUUACAUGUCAUAUUAAUAAAAAAAAUUAAUUUAAUUUCCCCCAAUUUCUUCUAUCUCCCUCACGCCCUCUCUUCUCCGGUCUCAUCCCAUCCCAUAUCUUUGAUUUCCCCAAUUCUCCGCCAAUUUCGAUUUCGCGACGUCCUGUGUCGAUUGCGAACUGCUCUGGCUAAGAGCGAGCGCCGGUGAACAAAGCUCAGCCUCCGCUUCAAUCGUCACUCAAUCCCACCUUAAAUCGCGCUCAAUCCCUGAAACAUCCGAGUCUUCUUCUCACAAGCCCGGAAAGUCGCCAUCUCUUUGCAGAGCCUUCUGGAUUCUCGUGGGAAAAAGAUCGUAACUUCUGAAUCUUUUUGAACUCGAUUCCACCAUAGUCAAUUGUGCUUUGAUUCUUCAACAAAGGGUUCUUUCAGGAAAAGGAGAAGAAGAGGAGAUGGUAAGCGUCUGACCUAAUCUUAAUUUUGCCCACUCACCAUGAAUGGAUUAGAAUUCAAUCUCAAUUCUUGUUUGCGGAAUCGAGUUUUCUACGUGAUGUGUCUGUUUCCGUUCUUCCUCAUCCUGAUCGUUAAUCUACUGCCGCAACUCUUCGAUUUGAUCAUGGUCGGGGUGGUAGCCGAGGAGUUCGACGCCGCUGUCAGCGGCGUACGAAGGCGGCGGCGGAGGUGCGUAGAAGAAUUGGUUGUGGAGGGGAGGUGGAAGGACGACGAGGCGAGGUGAUGGUGAGGCGGAGAUGAGAUGACGUGGCGCGGGAUGAACUCUUGGGCUUGAGGGUCGAGGGAGCCAGAGAAACGAAGGUAACCACCGGCGUCUCCCAUGGUGGAUGAGUUUGGGGAUUUUGGCUUCUGGGUAUUUUUGUUGACGGGACAGUAGAUGGAGAUGGUGUUUGCGGGUUUUGUUGUUCUUUUAACUCUGUAAUUUUUUUAUUUCAUAAAUCCACAAUAUAUUUACAAACAAAAUUGAAGAUAAGAGUUUGCCACGUCAGCAUCUCCGUUUGCCCAAUCAUACUUAACGUUAACAGCGUUAAAGAAUUGGACGGAAGUGGCUAUAAGUGGUAUUUUGCCAAAAAUGGCUAUAAGUGGCACAAACGUGAAAGUUUUGGCUACACAAGUGUAUUUUGCCUAAUUUAAUUGUGGUUCAACAGCUAAAACUGGUCAUCGAUUUGCCUAUAGAUGAUAUUUCUGAUGCAACUGAUGACCAACAAUACGAUUUGUAAAAUAUUGGUCUAUUGGCCUGUUGAGUUUAGGAAGUGGAAAGAGAGAAAAGAAGAUGGGUCUAGAGCAGGAUGGAAAGUCGACCGAUCUUUUAACAAAAUCCACACCCAACUAAACCCAAUAAAACUUAUAAAUGUGC